UUGCGACCUCUGUUUACAAACUUCCUGAACGCGCUUAUACCUCUCUAAAAGACCAUUAGGAUCUCAAUUUUUUUAAAUCCAGAUAACAAGAUCGAUAAGCACAUUUUACUCGCACGCGUUAUCUUAAUUCAUGUUUCUUUAAAUGUUUAAAAUGUAAAGCCUUUUAAUUUAACGUUUGACAGAAAAUUGCAGUUUUACUUUUUUACUGCAUUUAUUUCGCGUAUUUACUGAGGUAUUAUACAUAUUUGGACUGAAAUACCCGUAGUCCCUAUUUGUUUUUGACUGACAUGUUAUAUAAACAAAUAAGAGAAGUGAAAAUAGACAGGAACCAAGCAACGGGAGAGGAGAAUUUCCUGAACUAGCGAUUCAUCUUGAGGAAGCGCGAGCGAUCGGAUUAACAUGAAUACACCUGAAAACUUAAGGCUCAAAUGCACCAGGCAAGAUCAAUAGAGCACGGAAAGAAAAGUAUUUGAAUCCCAAGUACAAAAAGUACCGUUUCAAACCCAGGUGUGAUAAAUGAAAAGAUUGUGAAUGUGAAUGCAAAUGGAAACAAGCAGAGGCACCAAUUCUGUACUUCACUGUGACGCCGCCUCGGCAAAGAGAAGAUGGAUUUUGCGGAGUGUUACCAUCACACGUGUUCCUCUGUGGCCUUGGCGGUGCGGGAAGGGAACCACCAUCUUGUGAGCGAGCUGAUCCAGGAGGGCUACAGCACAGAUGUCUCUGAUAACCGGGGGUGGAAUCCGCUCCACGAGGCCGCCUUUCGCGGCUCUUAUGAGUGCGCGCGUACUCUGAUAAAAACGGCACGUUCCAAAUGCAGGCGACGGGACUAUGUCAACUCCCCAGCGCACGAUUCGACAACGCCUCUGUUCCUGGCGGCUCAGCAGGGCCACGCCCGGGUGGUGAAGGCCCUCCUUCGUGCCGGUGCUGACGUCAACCGAGUCACUUACGACGACACCAGCCCACUCUUUACAGCGGUGUCUGGUGGCCAUUUUGAAGUAGUGGAGCUGUUGGUCAGGAACGGGGCGGAGGUCAACCGGGCAUACUCCGCGUCCGGCUGGACCAGCCUGCACCAGGCUGCGUUUAAGGGACAUGCUGAGAUCGUGCGGUUCCUGGCGAGUGUGGCUCACGUAAACGCUGUGGACGACUUCGAGAUCACACCUCUGUUCGUGGCGGCUCAGUACGGACAGAGGCAGUGUCUGGAGAUCCUAGCCGACGCAGGGGCGACUGUGAACUGCCAGUCACACGACCUGGCCACGCCAAUGCUGAUCUCAUCGCAGGAGGGGCACCUGAACUGCGUGGAAGCCUUGCUGGACCGUGGCGCUGACCCAAACCUCUACUGCAAUGAGAAGAAGUGGCAGCUUCCCAUCCACGCAGCUGCUGAGUUUGGCCACGUCAGGGUCCUGGAGCGGUUGCUGGCCGUGACCGAGCGCAUUUGCGACCGUGGUGUGGGGAAGGUCAGUCCGGUGUACGCUGCCAUCCUGCGCGGCCGGUCAGAGAUUCUGGGGGUUCUGCUGAGGGCGGGGUACAGCCCUGAUGCCCAGGAGUGCCCUGACUAUGGGUAUUCCUCCCCAUUGGCUGCAGCGCUCUGCACCUGUGCUAUGAGUGAGGAGAUCCGAGGCCGUGUCCCGGGGCUGGUGAGGGUACUGUUGGGAGCCGGGGCGAGAGUGGAUGGCGGUCUCUACGCCCAGUGUCUGCAGCAGGACCUGCCCUACCUGCUGGAACCCCUCCUGGACCGGGAGGGCCUGCCCACGGGUGAGAACCUGUCUGAGCUGGUCCGGAGCGGCCUGGGCCACCUCCACAGCGCCGUCGUCUGGCUCCCACUGGUACUGCGGGCUGGCCUGGACCCCGCUCUCUUCCUGCAGGACACCUUCUUUGAGAAAGCCAAGAGCGAUGUCCUUUGUUUCCUUCUGGAGUUCACUAAUUGGAAGAUGCUGCCCCCGUCUGUACGACGCAUUAUGUCCCUUCGCCAGGCUGAGCCCUCCUGGACUCAACAGCAGCAGUUUGACUCCCUGCCAUCCCUGUGCCACCUGUGCCGUCUGGCGGUGAGGGGUGUAGUCGGAGCCGAGGCGCUGGCCCGGAAAAGCUUCGUGCGACGGCUUCCCGUGCCCCCCCUGCUGCAGGACUACCUGCGCUUUUCCGACGUCUUUGCUCCCCGCUGUCUGCCGAAGCAGCCUUCGCCCGGAGAGAGGGAGUACCUGGGAUACUACAGUCCUGAAUGACGCUCCUCUCCGGCUGGGAACCUUCACCCGCCCGGAAUAACUGCUGCACGCUUCCAGAAUGACUUCCACAUGCUCAGAAUAGCCCCUACACCAGCGGUCUGAAACCCAGUGCUACGGAAGGGCCAUGCGUAUGCUGGUUUUUAUUCCAGCCUCCGAUCUUGAUUUUAUAAUUAGUUCAGUUCUUUGCUGCAUUGGUACUAUAGGGUGGCACAUAAUGUAGAUACAGUGAAAUGUCUACUUAUUUGUGUUGUCUGUUGCUUUUAUGCAUUUAAAUGCGUAUGGCUAAAAGAGUGAUUGGAACCGAUUUAAGACCGCAUUAAUUGAUUGGAAUGAAUACCUGCAUACACACAGACCUCCGUGGGAAUGAGUUUGAGACCACUGCCCUACACAGGUCCACAGCCCUCCACACACUGGGGAAACCCCCUUCCAUCCCCACAAGGACCACUGGGUUAGCCGACCACUGGGUUAGUCGUUCCUUAGUCAAACUGUGUUCCAGUGUCAUUGUUUGAGCAACAAUGGUUCCUUAUUUACUUAUCGUUUCUCUGGAGGAAUUAUAUUUUCUUUUUGGUUUGACCGAGAGGUGUUUCUUGUUGCCCAGAUGUGCCCUGUUAGAUUGGUUUGUUAAACAAUAAAUAGUUCUGAAUGUCUA